UCUGUAAUAGAUUUCUUCUGAGUUUUUCCUAUGUUGGUGGGUCUGUUGAUAUGCUAGACAUGGCGAGAGAUUGGUCCUUAAAUUACCCUUUUCUUCAUUUUGGUUCCAUGAGAAGUAUGAAGCUAGUCUUUGUGAUUUAGUCCUUCAAUUCUGUUUUCUUUUUGUGGGGCUGGAAACUUGUUAAUCUGUUCACUAAAAAGCUCAUCUCUUUUGUUUCUGGGUGAUGCAAAGUUGUCAAAUUUGUUCACUUUUUUUUACUUGCUGCUUUCAUUUCUUUGUUUUCCAUUAUCUGCAAAUCUUGUUUGUUUUAUUUUUUCGAUGAAAAUUUCUUUGCUUCUCUUUAUUACUAAAAAUAAACUUAUUUGUGAAGCUGUUUUUUGAAAUCAUGUUUUUUGUUUCCUUCACAUAAUUUUUUUUGUGUUAUCAUUUCAUAUGCUGAAGCUGAAAUAAUUUUGGAUCCUUAUUCCCUGCGUUUGACAAAAUCUUUUUUCUUUUUUUAAAUUCAUUUUCAAGUUUUCAGAUUAGUACUCGAACCAUCUCUUAGACGAGAAAAAGUUGAUCUGGAAAGUUUUAUGCGCGGCCAUGAGGUUGCACUAAGACACACUCAGCAGAAUUGUGGUCUUUCUAAAAAGCUGGUUUCAGUUAGAUUGAUAAAUUGUUUGGACAAAACUGGACAAGUUUUGAUUAGAAGAGGAGAGAAAGAGUCAGUCGAAACAUGGGUUACAUAUGCGAUUUUUGUGGGGAUCAAAGGUCCAUGGUGUAUUGCCGGUCUGAUGCGGCGUGCUUAUGUUUAUCAUGUGACCGAAAUGUCCACUCUGCAAAUGCCCUGUCUAGGCGUCAUUCAAGAACACUUCUUUGUGAAAGAUGCAAUUCACAACCCGCAUUAGUAAGAUGCACAGAAGAAAGAGUGUCUCUUUGUCAGAAUUGUGAUUGGAUGGGUCAUGGAACAUCUACCUCAGCUUCAGCACAUAAGAGGCAAACGCUCAAUUGUUACUCUGGCUGCCCAUCAGCUUCUGAACUGUCUUCUAUCUGGUCAUUCGUUUUAGAUUUACCUGCUGCAGGCGAAUCUGCUUGCGAGCAGGAAAUGGGAUUGAUGAGCAUCGCAGAGAACAGCACUGGAAGUGCUUGGAGCCCUCCAGAAAGUAACGCUAAACAAAAUGCAUCUGGUACAGUUGAAGUGAAUGGUGUACGUUCCGUUGAUAAGUCCGGUGUUCUUGUUGGUUCCUCUUCGGUGCCUGAACUUAACCCUGCUACUCAUGUUGUUGGCCAGCAGGCCGGAUCUGAAAAUGCAACAUUGCCUAAGUUAUUCUGUCAUGGGACCAAAGGUCCUGCAAUCCCUGAAGAUGAUGACCUUUAUGAUGAUUUCGAUAUGGAUGAAAUGGAUUUGAAUCUUGAAAAUUAUGAAGAAUUAUUUGGUGUAUCUCUGAAUCACUCUGAAGAGCUUUUCAAGAAUGGUGGGAUUGAUAGCUUGUUUGGGGCAAAGAACAUGUCCAGGGGUAAUUCCAAUUAUCAGGAUGUGGGUGCUGCUGAGGGGUCUUCAGUUGGACUGGUAAAUGCUUUACAGCCAGCAUGCAGUAAUGCUGCCUCUGCUGAUUCUGUAAUGAGUACGAAAACUGACCCAAUUAUUUGUUUUCCGGCAAAACAAGCACAAUCAAACCUUUCAUUUUCGGGUGUUACUGGAGAGAGUAGUGCUGGAGAUUGUCAAGACUGUGGGGCUUCCUCAAUGCUUCUCAUGGGAGAGCCGCCAUGGUGUCCUCCAUGCCCUGAGAGUUCCAUGCAAUCAGCUAACCGUAGUAAUGCUGUUAUGCGUUACAAGGAAAAGAAGAAGGCACGCAAGUUUGACAAAAGGGUGAGGUAUGCUUCUCGCAAAGCAAGGGCUGAUGUAAGAAAGCGUGUGAAAGGGCGCUUCAUUAAAGCUGGUGAAGCUUAUGAUUAUGACCCCUUGAACCAGGCCAGAACCAGAAGCUACUGAUGAUAAGCUGUAUGAUUGUAUCACAGGGCCUUGGUUUCCAUCGGGAGAAGAGGGUUGAUGCAAAAAGCCAGGUUCUGGUGCUUCACUAAUGAAGUGGAGGAGCAGAUUUCUGACUCCACAUCACCAUAACAGAUUGACAGAUAAUGACAUUAUCCGGAUCGCAUAGCCUGUCCUGUCCUUUAAGCUAUGAGCUUUCCUCACCUGUUCUGUUUCUCUGGGCAAAGUUCAUCUGUUCAAUCAUUCUCCAGGGAGGAUUCAUGUUGGUCUUCCAGCCAUAAUAUGCUUCGUGUUGAUUAUCUCAGUUAUUAUAUUUUUGUCCUGCUGGUCUGAUGACCUCUAUAAAAAGUGCCUGCCAUGACAUCUUGGGUGGCCAAACUUGUAAUUGCCUUGUCAGUAGAAUAGCCUGCAAUUAUUUCCUUCGCUUUUUCUGUUCAUUUGACAUGCACAGGAUCUGUAUGUAUGCCAGUUGAGUGUUAUGAGAUCUGACCUAAAACCAUUGUUGGGCAGACUUUAAACUUGAAGUUGUAAAUUGCAGUUUCUUUUUUUGUGGACCUGGUUACACAGGUUACACAGGAACAGAGGAUGGUUACUUAUGCAGUUAGGGGAGAAUAGUUUGUAAUAUCUUUAUACCAAUAGGGGAGGGGGUGUUAUUUGUUUUUGUUGCCAUCAAUGUAAAAGGUUUUUUCAAUUGGAAUACAGUUCACCUUGUAACUA